AUGGCUUCCAAGACCAAGUACCAGGCAGCGCCCCAGAGCGACCCGGACGACGACUACACCCACGCGCCCCCCGCCUAUGCUGAGGGUUCUGCCGCUCGCGAUGAGACACAGGGUCUCUUUGGUACGCCCCGCGACAGCGAGGACAACCUCCCCGAUGACUUCAAGUUCGGCGGCUCUGUAGCUGAGGCUACAGUUGACAUUCGCAACCAGUUCGUCCGCAAGGUUUACACCAUCCUCACCGUCCAACUCCUUGCCACUGCUGGAGUGAGCAGCCUCACCUUUUUCAGCACCGGUUACAAGGACUGGAUCCAAAGUCAUCCUGGUGUCGUUUGGGCUUCGCUCUUUGGUUCUAUGAUCUUUAUGGGCCUCACAUACUGGAAGCGCAAGUCCUACCCGACCAACCUUCUUUUCCUCUCGCUGUUCACUCUUGCCGAAGCCUACACCAUCUCCGUUAUAGUGUCCUUCUACAAGACGUCCAUUGUUCUAAACGCCGUUGUCCUUACUGCCGGAAUCUUUGUCUUCCUGACUCUUUUCGCCUGCCAGACAAAGUACGACUUUACCUCAUGGAUGCCUUACCUUUUUGGUGCCCUCUGGGGUCUCGUCAUCUUCGGUUUCAUGGCAAUGUUCUUCCCUUACAGCUCCACUGGUGAGCUCAUCUAUGGUGGUCUUGCCGCUCUUAUCUUCAGUGGUUACAUCCUCGUCGACACCCAGCUUGUCUUGCGUCACCACCACGUUGAGGAGGAGAUUGCCGCUGCCAUCAGCCUUUACCUCGACAUCAUCAACCUCUUCCUUGCCAUCUUGCGCAUUCUCAACAGCCAGUCUAACAACUAA